GGAGCCCGCCGCCGGGGUCGCAGCAUGGGGCGUUUUCGCGGGGGCCUGCGGUGCAUCAAGUAUUUGCUGCUCGGCUUCAACCUGCUGUUCUGGCUAGCCGGAUCGGCCGUUAUUGCAUUUGGACUAUGGUUUCGAUUUGGAGGUACCAUAAAGGAUUUAUCAUCAGAGGAGAAGUCCCCAGAGUAUUUCUAUGUGGGGCUGUAUGUGCUGGUUGGAGCUGGAGCCCUAAUGAUGGCUGUGGGUUUCUUUGGGUGCUGUGGAGCCAUGCGUGAGUCACAGUGUGUGCUCGGAUCUUUUUUUACCUGUCUGCUGGUGAUAUUCGCUGCUGAAGUAACCACUGGAGUGUUUGCAUUUAUAGGCAAGGAUGUAGCUAUACGACACGUACAGAGCAUGUAUGAGGAGGCCUACAGCGAUUACGUUAGGGACAGGGGAAGGGGAAAUGGAACUCUCAUUACCUUCCACUCAGCAUUUCAGUGCUGUGGAAAAGAAAGCUCUGAACAAGUCCAGCCCACGUGUCCAAAGGAGCUUCCAGGCCACAAGAAUUGCAUCGACAAAAUUGAAACCAUAAUCAGUGUUAAGCUCCAGCUCAUUGGAAUUGUUGGUAUUGGGAUUGCGGGUCUCACGAUCUUUGGCAUGAUAUUCAGCAUGGUGCUCUGCUGUGCAAUACGGAACUCACGCGAUGUGAUUUGAAGAUACUUCAUGAAAAUUGCAAUCUAGAGUGUUCGUGCUAAUUAUCACAAGAGCUCGUGGCUCAUUUUUAAUAUUCAGGAUAUUAGAAGCUAAAAUAAUUUUCUGUCAACUGUAUAUUUGCACAUGUAUGUAUGUUUGAUUCAUUACUGAUUUGCUCCUGGAGUGAAUGUCUCUGUGUUUCUGGAUAUGCAUUGCACAUACUGAUAGCUGUUUCCUGGGAAACCCUAGUUCUUGUAUGCAAGAAUAACCUAUUUAAUUGCCAGAAAAAAGCAAUGAGAGAUAUUUAAAACUUGGCUAUUCAGGAAAUGUAAUAAUGGGUCCAUUUCUCAGAUUUUAGCCAUGAAAAUGAGAUACAUAAAGAGAAUGCAGGAUUUCUAGUUAAUGGAAGCAAUAAGAUAUAAGAAUUGAAGGGCCAUAGAUUGACUGUGUCUGAGUUGAAUGUAAAGGUUUCUUUAAAAAAAAAAUUCUCCCCAGAAUACAGUAAACCACAGUUUUAGAACUAAACACAUCUGUAAAAGUAAAUAUAGCAUGGAAAAAUAUAAUUUGAAAAAGUCAUGCUUUCUUAGCAUUUAAAAACAGAAAACCUCUCUCUGGAAAGAGAAGUCACAUAGACAAGCAUGUGCCCCAUAAAAGCGAGUGCUUUUAGGACUAAAAAUAACAACUUUUAAGGGGGAAAUGCUGUUAUCCAGUGGCAUGUAAAUGUUGCUUUAGCCCUCUUCUCUCCUGACUCUGCUUUGAACUGCUGGAAGCCUCACCUUUCCACAAGGGCUUUCCCUCAUACUCAGUGCUUCUCCAGAUGUGGUGACAGAGGAAAGCAAGAACUGUGCAGUGUGACAGUGGGGGACCUCGCUGGCACUGUGCCUCUGGAAUACCUCGUAGCUUGAGUUUACAUACUUUCCUCAUUGUUUUCCAUUUUUCUUAUUUAUCAGUGCAGAGAAUUCUUCAUAGAUUAAGAAUACAGUUUUAUUCUUUAAAAUAAGUAGACCCCCUGUAAUUCAGAUGUAUGUUAUGAGUACCCUGACUAAACCAAGAUAAACACCUUCUUCAAUAUAUAUACACGCAGCAAAGGCAAGUUAAUGAAUCCAAAAUGUUUCAUGCAUACAGCUGCAGCACAAAUAUAUUCUUUCUUAGCAAAUCCCUGUGGGAAUAAAUGCUCAGGCUCUGUGGAUACCUGAGUGAUUGAUUUUAAGUGGGGAAACCCACAGCGGGGUCUAAAUUGGCACAUUUUUUAGAACAGAACAACUUGUUAAAGGAUAUAAAUUGUGAAUUCUUAAGAUUGUAUUUGACCACACAAAAAAAUGAAGGUGUGAGGGAUUCUGGAAACCAUCAGGGAAGCUUCUGUGCCCGCUAAGAACAUAAGACUUUGAUGUGUGCUAGAACAAAGUACCAUGUUUCAGGAAACUUUUACAAGUGUUUUGCUGAGGACACACAACUGCUGGGAUGUCUUGCCCACAGAGUGCCACCUCUCUCUUUUCAGAUAUGCUUGCUACUGCUCCUAGCUUUGGAGAAAAACUGAGGGAGUUAAAAGUGUAACUGUAUGACUACUUUACCUACAGAUGCAAAAGAGUAUUUAAAAAACAUCACUUCUUGAUGUUUGUACCCCAGUGGCUGACAAAGGCCAGCUUUUCAGGCAGACAAAGAGCGAUCAGUCCUUCUUUUAGCUUUAGUCUAUCUGUCUUCCUGAAGACAGAGGACAGGCUCCAGAGUGUACUCAGGUUCUCCAGCUCAGAGUUAUUUCCCGUUCCUCAGAAGUAAGUUUCGUUCCUCAGUGAGUGAGUGAGUUUAAAGAAAACCACAGUAACUAUAGACAGAAGAAUAAUUUUUUAAUGCAGAGGAAUAAGUCUAGAAAUCCGUAUCCUGUGUGAUUAGUGUACCUCUCUGAGGGUUAAGCUUUCCAAAGAAUGUACUGGGUAAAAAUAGAGAAUUCCAUCUCUGAGUGAAGAUGGAUAUAUAUCUUUAUGUGAAUGGAUAAAGCUAUAUCUGUAGAGAUAUAUAACCCCUCUGUCCUGAACCUAUACAUACCUUAAAUACGUAUCUCUUAAGGAUAUAUACAUAUGUAACUUAAUACAUGUGUGCCUGGUGGAAACUAUGGAGAUAAAUGUUUGUAUACAUACACAUGUACAUGUAUGUAAAUUUACAGUUAUUUCUGUUUACCUGAACUAAUUUGAGAUCAGACCCAAACAUUUUAAGUUAUUUUAAAUUAAAUUUUCUAUGUACUUACACUGUUUGAGUUAUCUUAAAAUCUUACUGUAUCUUCUUAACACAUUCAUGUGACUUAUUCAAUGUGUUACCUACCAGUUCACCCAAACAAUAUAGAAAAAGCAGACUGGUAACCCUUCCAUGCUGUUACUUACAGCGGGUUCAAAAGCAACACCCCUAGGGUUCUAAUUACAUAUAGUUGUACUUCAGCUCACACUAGUUCACCCAAGUUGUUCCUCCUUCCUCCAAGAAAACUUGGUUAUCUGUGGCUUGGUCUGUGGAGGUGAUCCUGGGUCCAAUGUGGCCCUCCUGUACAGACAGCCCUCCUUUCCCUCUGAGGAAUCUAAUCGAUGUAGCUGGGUGAGGAUGAGGCCCAGAGAGAUGAUAAUAAUCUCGUAAUCAGCAAAGAGGAUAGCGUGUUCUCCCUUCUGAAAUAAGUUUACCAAAUAUUUGCUCUCUUGUCAUUGGUAAAGGUGGUUUCUAUGGCCCAGAGGCCAGCCACAGCCCAGCUUUCAAGGCCCCAUUGACAUGCUCUUGAACACCAAGCCUGUUUCCCAUACCCAGGAAAGAGCAAUUUAUGUCUCUCGAAGGUAGAGCCAGCUUAAGCUCACGUGAGUCAAUUUGGUUUUUGUGUGUAUUUUAAGACUUGAGAUUUUCUAUUUUUUUUAAACAUCCUCCAUUUUUUUUACUAUAAAAGGUAUUUUGUAUAUAGAUGUCUUUUAAAAGUGAAAAUACUACAACAAUACAAAACAUUAUUGUUUGGUGUUCUUAUAACAACUAAGGGAUUCACAGUCCAGAUGCUGCCCCUGGGGAAACAGAGAAACAUGGCGAAUACAAGUAAUAUAUCCUGUGGUUCCCAAAGUGUUGUUAACAGAAACAUUCUUUGUGUUUGUGGUGUGUUUCCUGUCUAUUUUAUGAUUUCUUUUACUUCUAUUAAACAGCAA